UUAGCGUACUUAUCGUUUUUUUUUUUUCUUAUAACAUUUUCAAGUGAUUGUGUGUGUAACGGAACCUCUCUAUUCAUUACACAGAGUAUUGUACUGACGGGAAAACCUUUGGAAAAGAAAAAAGCGCUUUCCCAUUCUUUAGUUUAUUUAAGGACGUAAGAUCCACGUUUUAAACAGCAGCCGUAGCGUUUUUUUUUACAUGUCUGUUGUCAGCUGCCAUCACCUUUGGACUUAAUGAGAUUAGAUUAGACUUCCUCUGCAGUCAAAAGAAGAAAAUCUGAAUCCAAUUAGUUAACUUCCUGUAGCCAAUAAUCGAAGAUGAAUGGCAACAAGCAGCAAGUGAGGGUGUGGUGUGACGGAUGCUACGACAUGGUUCAUUUUGGACACGCCAAUUCAUUACGACAGGCCAAGGCCAUGGGUGAUUACUUGGUUGUUGGCGUCCAUAAUGAUGAGGAGAUUACCAAACAUAAAGGACCUCCUGUUUUCACUGAAGAGGAAAGAUACAAGAUGGUUAGAGGAAUCAAGUGGGUUGAUGAGGUCAUUGAAGGAGCACCAUAUGUCACCACACUGGAGACUCUUGAUAAGUAUGACUGUCAAUUCUGCGUUCACGGCGAUGAUAUCACGACGACAGCAGACGGUGUGGAUACGUAUCACAUAGUGAAAGCAGCCGGACGUUACAAGGAAUGUCAGCGAACCCAGGGUGUUUCGACGACGGACCUAGUUGGCCGCAUGUUGCUAAUGACGCGAGGGCAUCAGCAACGAGGUGACAGCGAGUACAAAGUCGAACGUUCUCGCACCGAAUCAAUGAGCGAAGAUUCGGCGGCUAGGUCACCAUGGACGGGUGUGUCCCAAUUCCUUCCAACCACCCAAAAAAUCAUUCAGUUUAGUGAGGGUAAAGAGCCUAAACCAGGUGAUAAAAUCGUUUACGUGGCCGGCGCUUUCGAUCUGUUCCACGUCGGACAUCUUGAUUUCCUAGAAAAGGCCAGAGCUCAGGGUGACUAUCUGAUUGUUGGCUUGCACACCGACCCAGUUGUCAACCAGUAUAAAGGAGCCAAUUACCCCAUUAUGAACCUCCAUGAAAGAGUCCUUUCCGUCUUAGCCUGUCGGUACGUUUCGGAAGUAGUCAUUGGCGCACCUUAUUCGGUGUCGAAGGACAUGAUGGACCAUUUCAAGGUGGACCUUGUUGUUCAUGGCGCCACACCAGUCGCUACCGACGUCGACGGCGAAGAUGGUGACCCUUACGAGGAACCCAAACGGCGCAACAAGUUUAUGGUGAUCGAUUCGGGCAGUACGAUGACGACCGAGUUGCUCGUUCAACGCAUCAUCUCCAAUCGAUUGUCGUUCGUCGAACGCAAUAAGAAGAAAGAGGCCAAAGAGGCGAAUCUGUGGAAAGCCAUGACUACUGAGGACCAAGAGAAGUGACGGUUUGUGUCGAUCCAGCGAGCUUAGAAAGAAAAGAAUGUGUUGCCUCUUGUCCCGCCGUUCUUGAAUUUUCCAUUUUAAAAACAUAACGCAGUCAUCACAAUCAACAUAUACCCACCUGACUUUAGAGGCCAAUUUAUCUCAAAACUUAUUCCCCAAACUUUGUUCUUAGAAUUCAUUUCGAUUUUGAUUAGUCAGCAACUUCAGUUUAAUAACACUGAAAUUAUUCAAGUAGCCUACUAAAUGUAAUACAACUUAUUUCAAUGUAAACAAA